AUGGAUGAAGAAGACCAGACGCAGCCGCUUCUCGGAAGCAGGCGCACGUUCAGCUCGUUCGCCGACCAGAACCCCUGUGGCUUGAUCUCGCCAUCAUCCGAUUCUUCCAUCGACAAGAGCCGCCGCCAGACUCAGCGCUUUUUGACUUCCAAAACAGGACACUAUGCUGUCUUGGCGCUGGUUGCUGCCGAUGUGACCUGUAUCUUCAUAGACUUUGUCAUCCAGCUUUUUGUGUGCGAAAGCCACAAGGCGAAUACCGGCUGGAACGACGCUCUCGAGGCUCUUGGCAUCGUCAGUCUGGUCUUCUCGUGUCUCUUCAUGGCAGAAUUGCUUGCUUCCAUCUGGGCUUUCGGUCUUUCUUACUUCAACUCCAAGUUCCACUGCCUCGAUGCUGUUGUCAUCAUCGCCUCGUUCAUAGUCGACCUACUACUUCGCGGCCCGCUUGAAGAAGUCGCCACCCUCGUUAUCGUUCUUCGUUUGUGGCGUGUCUUCAAGAUCAUCGAAGAGCUCACCGCUGGCGCAAAGGAGCAACUGGAACGCCUGAAAGAGCAGAUUGAGACUCUUGAGCACGAAAAUGCCGAACUCAGGGAAGAAGUGAGAAAGCUGAGAGUUGACUAG